AUGUCAACCGCAUCUCGAAAUUUUCUUUCGAGUUUGCAUACGGGCUCUGUCAUGACACAGACUUUCGGCACGGACUCUACCCUCGAGCGCGUUCAUCGCCUCGUAUCUUCUGCUUACGCCCACAACGUUCUCUACGAGACCUUUCUGAGCUGCUCCACUAUACGGACGUACCAGGUUCCCGGAGCACAUCAUGGCUUGGUCAUCUUCUUUGCCUACCAGGAGCUCAACGUUCAUCCGACCGACAAAUUGUGGAUAAAUACGGCGCAUCUUGGGCUUCCAGCGCCAUAUUGUAUCGUCGACAUCAUCGUUGAGAAUCCCACGCGUGUGGUUCCAUCGCGGUUGUUUAUACCAUACGAAGGAACCCAUCGCAGCGAGGUUGCACUUCAGCAGACCGAUAUGCUCCCCCUCUUCUUUGUAAGAAGCGAUGGCGGCGUAGGCAUUCGCGUCGAUGAUGCUAGCAUGCGCCUUGAUGUCCUUCCCGAUGGUCCCACUCGAAUUCAUGCGCAUUCUCUCAAGGUCGUCUUGCAUCUCGUCAACUAUGAACUAGACGAGCGACAGAUCCAACUUCGCACCUCACCGCUGGCUCCUAAUAUAUCGAUUCGACGCCUCGCACGCUUGAUCGCGUCUAAGGUUCGGUGUUUUCUGAAGAAGGCGGAGCGAGAUAACGCUACAUUGGCUCGCUGGGAGGAUCCCCGUUGGAAAAUCGGGUCCGGUGUUGGGUGCAUUGGCGCUGAAGACGUCAUGCUGCUCGGAAUCGUUUUCGUUAGCCCGGGCAAGGUUACCCCUCUACUUCGAGUGCGAGACGAUUAUGUCUUCACGAUAUAG